UUCCAGGUUUCCAGCCUUACCUGGAACCAGCAAAGGAGUUUGGCCCCUGCUGGGGUAUAAGAGCCGGUCUAAAUGAAUGUAUAACCUCAACACUGCUACAGACGUUGCUGGGAAGUACCAAAAAUGAGCUGUGCUGACAUCCUUUGGGAAUGUUCCAGGCUAUUUAUAAUGUAACCUGAAGAAAUACCCCGUGUCUUUGUGCCGUGCUGACCAACACCAUGGGGCACCGUUUGCUGGGCCAGGCAGCCAUGAUCCCGAGAAAGCUGAAGCCGUUUCUCUGCAGGAUGUUGUCGGGUUACAAACCCAAAGGCGAUGUCAAGGACUCCUACAAAAUCCUGGAGCUUGAGGAAGGAUGUUCCCUCGAUGAGGUCAGGGACUCGUACCGAACCCUCGCCAAGAAGUACCACCCCGACAGCAGCUCCGGCACGGCCGACCCCGCCGCCUUCAUCAGGGUGGAGGAGGCCUACAGGGUUGUGCUCAGCGACGUGGCGGCCAAGCAGAAACCCGGCGAGAGCAGCGAAGAGGAGGAAGACCAGUUCAAAGUCAAGUCCCUGCAGCACAGGCACUACUUGAGUUUCGAAGGCGUCGGCAUCGGCACGCCGAGCCAGAGGGAAAAGCAGUACAGGCAGUUCCGGGUGGACCGCGCCACGGAGCAGGUGUUGGAGUACCGGCAGCACAGG